CUUAUGUUUGUUCGCUCUACUAGUUUAGACAGUUUUCCGUCACUCAUCAAGGGAUUCUGAUAACUUUCCGGAAACUUUUCGGAGACUUCAGCGACUGAUUCCCCCGGUGUGAGGGUUUGGUUUGUGCCCGGGCACGGAUCCGUGCGGUGAGGACUGUGGAACACCCCGCUUGGAAGUUUUCAGACGAAUGACCUGUUGCGGGUCUACACGACUCGAGGCCGCUUGUUUUUUCGUUUGGGUUUCUUUUUUUUUUAAAUUAUUAUUUGAAUUGAACGCACGACUUGUCGUCGGAGCCUCGUAAACAUGUCAGGACGCAAUUUACGCACUAAACUUCGGAUCGUGCCAAGUAAUGUUGGAGCAUUUGACCGGUGCGUCAAGGGCAACUUUGUCUAGGAGCAGCCUUGGCACCAACAACUCAUUUACUGCUGGUGAUCAGGCCCCUGCCUGUGGGUUUGGAUUCAAACUUUUCCCCAGAGUGGUCUGACUGAACACAAAUUAUUCUAACAUUAUGGAAGGUGAUCAGGGGACCGGUACGCCUUCCGAUGAGCCCCAGGCAGACAGCGCCGCUGCGUCCGACAGUUUUUCCCAACUGUGGACGGACGUUAUGGGGAUGCUGGAUGGUUCUCUGGGCAACAUAGAUGACCUUGCCCAGGAGUACUCUGAGUACUACAACACCUGCUUCAGUGACGUCAGCGACCGCAUGGAGGAGCUACGCAAGCGACGAGUCUCCCAAGAGCUUGACAUGGAGAAACAAGACCCAAGCAGCACCUCUCUGCAGCUCCGUAAUGAGAUCCAGGAAUCAUUAGGCUUCAGCAGUGAAGUGUCGACUCCAGAAACGGACAGAAAAAUGCCCCUGCACAAGUCCAGCUCUGAAGAUGGAUCUGGAGGCAAAUGGGACAACAAGAAGAAAAACAAAUCUUUUUGGCAGAACUUCCGCAAGUCUCAGCAUAAACCUGUCAUGCGACAGACAUCCAAAGGAGAGGACAUCGGUUACGUGGCCAGUGAGAUCACCAUGAGCGAUGAAGAGCGAAUCCAGCUGAUGAUGAUGGUGAAAGAGAAGAUGAUCACCGUAGAAGAAGCUCUAGCUCGGCUGAAGGAGUAUGAGCGCAGCAGACAGUCCAGCAGUACUGACACUGCAGAGUGGACUGACGGAUCUGCACCCAAUCUAAACCAGUCCUCAAACUGCAACUCUCGUGAACAGUCAGACGAUGAGCAAUCGGAGGACUCUGUGAAGUUCAAACGGCUUCACAAACUGGUUAACUCAACACGCCGCGUCAGGAAAAAACUCAUCAAGGUGGAAGAGGGCAAGAAACACGGCUCUGAAGAUUUCCUGAAUCUGGAGGCACCUCCCACCUGUGAGGACAACACAGCUCUGUACACAGGGGUACUAAAGAAGCCCCCUUUGCCCCAGGAGGCCUCUCUGCCCUCCCUCACCCAGGAUCAACUCUCCCUCGAUGGAGACACAGACAGUCUGACCACCUCCCCUUCCUCCAGCAGCUUGGACACCUGGUCCGGACACAAGCUGGUCAAAACCUUCAGUAAGUCUUCCAGUACCCACGGCCUCAUCCGGCCCCCCAGGAGAACCCCGGUCAGCUCUGGUGGCCUGGGAGGUUCCAUCUCCGGCGUUGGAGGUAGUGGCUCUUCCUUCUCGGAGUUGGAUGGCUGUGGAUUGGACGACGAGGGGAAACUGUCACGCUCCACUACCGACAGCGAGAUGCGGAAGGCCCUGGGCUCCAUCUCCCAUGGGAGAACGUGCAGCUUCGGAGGCUUUGACCUGUCCAACCGUUCGCUCCAUGUGGUCAACACAGGCUCGGAGGCCAAUAAUAAAGAGCAGGAGGCUAUUUACAGAGAAGUGGUGAAAUCCCCCACUACGUCUCGGAUCUCACUGGGCAAGAAGGUCAAGUCGGUCAAGGAGACGAUGAGGAAACGCAUGUCGAAGAAGUACAGCAGCUCCUUGUCUGAGCAGUCCAGUCCGGAUGGAGCCCCCGGUUCCCCUCAGUCCCCUCAGCCUGACACCGACUCUCUGGAGAAGCCGAAGCUUAAGGCUGGAGGCUCUGUGGAAAGUCUGCGUAGUUCACUCAGCGGACAGAGUUCAAUGAGUGGUCAGACAGUGAGCACCACCGACUCAUCGGCCAGUAACAGAGAAAGUGUGAAGUCGGAGGACGGUGAUGACGAGGAGCCGCCUUACAGAGGACCGUUCUGCGGGCGUGCCCGAGUCCACACCGACUUCACCCCCAGCCCCUACGACACGGACUCCCUCAAACUGAAGCGUGGUGAUGUAAUUGACAUCAUCAGUAAGCCACCCAUGGGAACAUGGAUGGGUCUGCUCAACAAUAAAGUCGGCACCUUCAAGUUCAUCUACGUGGACGUGCUGAGCGAGGAAGAGGAGAAACCCAAAAGGCCCGUGAGGAGGAGGAGGAAGGGCCGACCACCCAAGCCCACCUCCGUGGAGGAGCUGUUGGAGCGGAUCAACCUCAAGGAGCACAUGCCUACUUUCCUGUUCAACGGCUACGAGGACCUGGACACAUUCAAGUUGCUUGAAGAGGAAGACCUGGAUGAGCUGAACAUCAGAGAUCCUCAGCACAGAGCCGUGUUGCUCACCGCUGUAGAGCUGCUACAAGAGUAUGACAGCAGCAGUGAUCCAGAGCGCAGCGGCCUUUCGGGCUCCCAGGAGAAGCUGCUGUCUGAGGGUCGGGGUCUGGUGGGAGACUCCCCGCGGGACUCCGGUUGCUAUGAGAGCAAUGAGAACCUGGAGAAUGGUAAGAGCAGGAAAGCUUCCCGUUCCAGUCGUUCUUCAGCAGGCCUCCAGUCUCCAGACUACCCUACCCUGCCCAUGACCCUUUCAACAGAGGCUCUGCAACAGAACAGCAAGAACCAACGCACAAAGUUCCCGAAAAGCUUCUUUAUCAAAUCCUCCCUGAAGGGCUUCAACCUGCUGGGGCUGCGCAAAGCCCAAAGACAGUCCCCCAUCCCGGCCAGCCGCAGCUGUGAGGACCUGGAUGGACCCCCACAGCCCACUGGACCGUGGAAACGCUCCCACUCUCUGGGAGAUCUGCACUGGGAGCAGACUUAUGAGCAGAAGAAAGACUUGGGUGAGGAGUUGAAACCCACCAAGGAAGGACUCAAAUCAGGCAACAGUAGCCCCACCAAGGUCCAUAGAGACGACAGUGCCCCACCGCAGAAUGGGCCUCCAACAGUGAGCCCUAAAGGAAGAGCUGAGAGACCGCCCAUACCCUCCCAGCUGCCUCUCCGCCCCACUUGUCCCACCCCCCAGUCCCCAACUCACCCAGAGCCCCUCUCCAGUCCAACUCCAAGUCCCCCUGAGUCUAGUGGGGAGAGGGUCAUUCGGACUCACCCCAAAAAGCCUCCAGUCCCUCCUCCCGUUCCUGCCAAAAAGUCUAAGGAAAGACUAGCCAAUGGCUUACGUCACCCCCCUCUCUCCCUGCCCUCCUCGCCAUCUCCCACACCCUCCCCGACCCACUCCCUCACCCGUUCUCACCCAAGUAGCCCCAUAAUCCGAAGCAGCAGCAGCAGCCCCAGCGCCCCUGCUCUACCUGCCAAGACCCCGAGCACCCCUGCCAGCCCCUGUGCCACCUCAUCAGCCUCAUCCAUGGGUGAUGAGUCAGGCACUCCCCCAGCAGUCCAGCCUCCUUGGCUCUCAGAUCUCGGGGGCAAGGUGGCUGUUGCAAGAAAAGUUUCCCAUACCAAGAUGAGUCCUGACCUGCUCACCCUGCUGGAACAACGGCUGGAGGCCGAGGGAAUCGAUCUGACUGAGGAACCCUACUCUGACAAGCAUGGUCGGUGUGGGAUCCCUCAGCCGCUGGUGCAGCGUUACUCUGAGGACUUGGAGCAGCCUGUCAAGGACGUGGCCUCCACCAUGGACCAGCUCCGAGUCAAAGAGCUCCGUAAACAACACCGCAUGGCUAUCCCCUCUGGAGGCUUGACAGAGAUGUGCCGAAAGCCUCUGCCCUCAGGUAACAUCAACACGGUCUCUGAUUGGCUCAUCUCCAUCGGCCUGCCCAUGUACGCCACGUCCUUGGCAGCGGCGGGGGUCGACACGCUGAGUCGUGUGGCCUUGUUAACAGAGAGCAGCGUGUGGGAAGCUGGGGUGCGCGAUCAAAGACACGCCCGCCGGCUGGUCAGUGAGGCACGAUUGGUCGGCGCGCACAGAGAGGUGCAGUCCUAACCAUGUUGGAGUCAGCUUGGAUAAACAGGUAUCAACUCACUGGUCAGUACCGUCUCAUUUAAACAUGGUCAGUAGGUGGCCAAAGGCAAAUUGGCCACAGGUCUGAACUACCACGCAGGUGACCACAGCACUACAGUACUUCCUGUCUCGCACGUGUCAAAAGACUGACAGUGAGACACUCUGCUCUCUGAUUUUGUCUCUAUCGUUCUGACUUUUUCUCAAAUGUUUACGGCAUUUAGGAGUUUCUCCUUUCAGCCAAGACAAGAUAUCAGAUGCCUUUUUAAAAAAAGAAAGACUGUAGACUCAUGCUGUGGGAUGACUUUCAUUCUGAAGACACCCCCAAAGUCUUAAAAUAAAGACCUGGAUCUGCCUUUAAGGAAGAUAGCACACUCUUUUGUAGGACGGAUGUUUUGUUUUGUUUUUUGUUUUUUUUGUUUGUUUUUUUUUAAAUACAGAAAGAUGGUUUAUUUCCUGCAUAUUUCAUAAGUGCUCCAUUUUCAUCUUUUGUGGCAAAGCAACAUUAUCUGAGGGUCUUUUAAGGAAGUAGCUCGGCCAAAGUGAUUUCCUUCGCACUCAGCUUCUCAUUCCCACUAAUAGGUUCAUAAUGACGAUGGCAGAGUUCGCUCAGUGUCUGGACUUCUAAUCCACUAAACAAAAAAACAAAAAAAUGGUGGUUUUGAGAUGGCUUAUUUUGUAUUAUGUUUCUGUAUUAUAGCAUAAUGCAUAUAUUAAUUUUAAAAUGAUUUAUAUGGUAAAAAUUUGUGUUUUGCCUUUUGAAUGUUGCAGCCUUAUUUUGAGGCCAGCUCUCAGUCAUUUCUAAGCUGAAACAGCUGACGUCACACCUUUAUAUUUCAUAUUAUACUCUAUGUCCUAUUUUACCGCGAAUCUUGGAUGCAUAUCCAGCUCCAAUAUGAAUACAAGUCUUACAUAAAGCUCUGUUUUACUCCAGUUAUCCCAGUCAGCUUUCAUAGCAACAAUACAUUCCCUGUGUAUCCAAGGACAUUUUAAGUUGCCUUAAAUGAAUGACUAGCUGGAAGAAAUAGAACUUGUAGUGUUGACUUGAGACUGAACUGUGCUAAAGAUGGACGCCUUUUCUUCGGAAUGUGUCGAGGUCUGAGGAAUAAUUGAGACACAGGUUUUAUGAACUCACACACACACAGAUCAUAUACAUGGAUGUGGACCACUGAACAUGCUUCUGAGGGAUUGUGGUUUUUUAUUCCUGGGAAGCUCAGAUGAUAAACCGCAGCACCACAGGAACGACACAGACGUCACCGCAUGUUGAACAUCCCUUCACCCUGUUCAACGCGUUCGCUGGACGUGUUCCAUGCAGAAAGGGGUGGGACAGGGGGACAGGAGGAAAUAAAAGUGUUCCAAAGACACAGCUGGCAUCUGGGCUGUCAUAUCUGGGAUUUAUUGGACUGUCUACACUUUGGUUACAGCGUAGAGAAAUUUGAUUUAUAGCUGGAUAAUAACCAGUUUGGGACUUUUUCGCCGCAUUAUACUGUAGCUAUAACUAAUGCCAGUCUGAAAUUCUUGAUUGGACAUUUGCCAAACACAUUGAGGGUAGAUGGAAAGAGCAGUUAUAUCAGGUGAAAAGCUGACCUCCAAGGUUCAGCGUACACUAUGACAGUAAAAAGUCUUGAAAAUCAGGGAAACACUGAGUCGGGUCAGCCUGUUACUUUGGGCCAAAAACUAAACUGAAAACACCCAGAAACUCUUUCAUUUGCAGAAUAUUCCUCUUUUUUCUAACAGUAAAGUUCUAUCUUUCAUAGCUAGAACUGAACUGAAGACUUAUUCCAUGGAUUUCAUAUUUAAAUUUGACAAAGUGUUAUUGCUAAAUUGCAAAUUGCUUUUUCUUUUUUUUUUCUUUUUUUUGUUGCAGUGGGCACUUGAUAGAUAGAUAGAUGUUUGAUGCCUUUUUUCUCUUCAAUCAAAGUGGUGCUCUGGGAAACUGAGGACAGGGGGUCAUUAUCAAAAAAGUAAAAGACCCAAGAAGUGUUUUGUAAAGAAUGAAAAUACUGACACUGUAAAUGCACUUUAGAGGGUAAAUCUAGCUGUUUUUAUAGGUAAAAUUGGCUACAUUUUGUUCACAGGUCCAUUAAUGGACAUCUGUUGUCAGGUAUUGUAAAGGGUUUUAGUGGGUUAUGCUGGUAUUUUAAUUUAGUAUUGAGUUCCCAAUGCCAAGUUUAAUAACAAUUCACGAGUUAACCUGUUCCAGUUACUUACUUCCAGUUUGUUUUUGCAGUCUUACAAAAAAAUUAAUUCUUAAUUACAUAUAUGAAAUGCUUAGCAGAAGUUGCACAUUCUGUAUAUGUAAUUGAUAUUUAAAUAACUUAUUUUUGCUUUUUUUUUUCAUAUCAACUGUAAUUAGCUGUACUAUAUGAAUAGCAAUACCUUCCUGCAUAAUGCAUAUUGCUUUAGCCAGUGAGGAACUACAGUAUGUAUUGUAAAAUAUGUGUACAAAUUAUUUUAUUUGGUUUUCAUCUACUUAAUGAUUGUCCAUACAGAUUUGCUUGUGUAUUGAAACAACAAAAGUAAUGUCCAUAACUAUUUGUCAUUCUGAAAUAUAAUAAAAAACAGUUUCUUGCCA